AUGGGCCUUCUAGCCCGGAUCAUUUCUUCCCCCCGGGCGGGAUUAGCACGGACAAAGACCCCCCAAAACGAACGAGUUAGCAGCUCCCCAACGAGCCCAGUUGGAUCCACAGGGUCGCCCUUGUUCAGACAGAACUUGCCCCCAGCGCUGCAGACGAAACGGGAUGAAGUUGUAUCCAAAAUGGGCCUGGGCGGGGUGUGGGCAGUGGUGGGAGACUUGGUACGGUUGUGCGAUGAGUCGGAGACUUGUGCCCUGAAGUCGACGGUGAAGGCCGCCAUGGACGUUGGGCAGCGGUGUGUGCGGCUGCAGGCCCCAUUAUUGGGCCACCUUGAAGAUUUGGAGCGGUUGCAGCAUCACGAGGAGGUCAGAAGCGCCCUCGGCAAGCUGGAAAAGACCGUCGCUCAGUCCCGUGAGCUGCUGGGACGUUUGAGUGGGCGUGCCUCGAGCUUCUCCCCGCGCUGGCUGCAUACCCGCACCCUCAAGCGGAUCCUCCAAGAAGCGGAGGGGGCUGUGGGGAAGGUGGAGACGGCGCUGGCAACCGUGUCAUACCGACAGCAGCUGGACCACGUGCUCAGCCAUCCGACGGACGAGCUGGCCAGCCAGAACCGGCCGGCCAUCUCCGGCCGUUCAAUGGCCGAGUCCGAAGGAAACGGAAUCGAAUCGGACGGACGACCGAGCUCGAGGACACAAAAGCAGAGUCCGAGUAGGCACGACAAAAUUGGUAGCGUUUCCCGCAAAGGAGAAUCUGGAAUAGGAAAGAGUUCACCGGCGCAUAAUCGUGAUACAAACAGAAUGGACAUUCCAGACGGGACACGUGUGAGGCAGCAAAAGGACGGUGCAGAGCCGUCGGCAAGUUUCAAGCAAACGGGGGCCCUUGAAAACCGGGAAAGUUACGGAAACGGAGCUAGAGAGGUGGAGAGUGCCGACAGGCUGUUGGAGGCAGCUCUAGAAGCGGAAGCGCGGGGCGACUUUGCCGGCGCCGCGGGACUGUAUCAGCGAAGUGCCGGGCAAGGGAGCGCUGAGGCGGCGGCAGCCCUCGGUUUUUCUUUGGAGCACGGGCGAGGGAUCCCUCGCGAUGACUUGGAAGCCGUUCAUUGGUACGGCCAGGCUGCCCGGGCGGGCCACCCCCAGGCGCAGAACAACCUGGGGAAGAUGUACUUCGACGGCCGGGGCGUGCCCCGGAACCAGAUCGAAGCAGUCGGGUGGUUCCUCAAGAGCGCGGCCCAGGGGUCCGCGUCAGCGUUAAACAACCUGGGCAUCUGCUAUGAGGACGGGCUGGGCGUCACCGCUGACGUGGCGCUCGCCGCGCAGUUCUACCGGCAGGCCGCGCUGCGCGGGCACUCCAUGGCCAUCGUCAACCUUGCGCACGUCUGCUCGCGCACCGGCCCGAGCGACGAGGCGCAGUCGCUGCUCGACACGGCGGCGAAGCGCAGACUGACGGAGAUGCUGCCGGAAGUGGCUCCCGGACGGCUGCGGAGCUUCGCGGAGGAGAGGGGCUCACGGCCGCGGGCGGAACAGCCGCGAUUCACGACGGCGGCUGCUACGGAUCAGCGAGCUUCCGAGAGAAACACCACGGGCAGCGAAGUGCAGCCGUUUGAGGGCGACUCGGAUACGGAGAGCGACACUGAAGAGGACGCCAAAUCGUGCACCUUGGGACAGUCGGAAAACGAUAUCCUCCGAGAAAUCAUGCGCCCCUCGACGGCUGGCCACAAACUCGGUAUCCGAGAAUCGAAGCCGCCCAAUACGUCGGGCUCUUUAGCCUGGAGAAACGUCCAGACCGGUGGAGGUAAGAAUGACCGCCUGAGCCGGGGCUCCGGGAUUAUGCCCGGUGGGCCGGUUUUGAGCGCCAGGCGAGCAAGCUUUCCCAUCAGCCGGUCGGACGUUGAAUUGGGAGCAAAACCGGUUGGGUCGCGGGAGUCUACUGGGGGCAUGCUUAAAGACGUGGCGGGCGGGGUGCCCCUCUCGAUGGAGGCACACGAGGAAGAGCAGAGGACCGAUGCUCCAGGGCGGCCGUCAAGCUUAGGGCCUCGAGAGAGGGGAAACGGGGGGGAGAGAGGAAACGUGGGGAUCAGAACACGGUCACUCCCGGCCAGUCGAAUGAACGAGCCAGACAGAAUUCAGGAACCGAAUAGAAGGGGAGACAGCGGAGAUCAGAGUGUAAGCCUGCGGUCGGCCUCGAAGUGGCAGGAGCGUGGAUUGGGAGGAUCGGUCGGAAAAAUGUCAGCCCGAUCGCGAGAGGAAGAAGAUGCGCCCGGUAGAGGAUCUACCGGUCCAGCCCCGGUUCGGGAGUACAGCACCAGCCGCUUGGCGAGCCGCGCCGCGGCCGCCAGCCGCCCGACGGCCGCAACCCUCUCAACCAUCCAAACCCGCCCAGGGAUUCUGGGGGUCUCGCAAACUUCCAGGGACUUGGCGCGGCUCACGAGCGAGCUUAGCGUGCGAAGUCCCCCGGGCUCGACCAUAGCGUAUUCGCCCCCCCGGGGGGCUGCGUACUCCGUCCAGGGGGGCCGACCCCUCGGCAGGGGAUUGUCCUUCCCCCUCUCUCCGAACCCAGUUCGAAUGUCCGCCGCGUCUGUUCAACGACCCCCCCAGGCGCGUGACUGGCAGGUUUCGAGGGGCCCGGUUUUGGAACGCCUGUCGAGCGAUUCGACUGGGCUCUUGUCGGGGGGAGGGUAUUCUCGGAGCUCCAGUGCGCGAACAGACUACCGAGGGGCAGCGCUUCUUAAGACGGGCAGUCUGUCUCCACGAGAAAGGGGAGUGCUACGAGAGUGGACGCGGGCGGGGAGUCUGGGGGAAUCGAGGCGGCCGUACUUUUGA